UGUUUCCUAACUUUUGGACAAUUUAUUAAAAUUAGUUCUUUUUUCCAUAAUCCACGUGUCAUUCAACAUUGCGAAUGUAAUCGUAAUUAAACCUAUCCCUGUAAUAAAAUUUGCAUUAGUGUUUGUUUACAUAGUUCAAUAAAAUUAAAAAGCCAACAAAAUGACUAAAUCUAGAAGUGAAUUUCGUUUUAUUCUUUAUGCAAGUGGGAUAUUUUUCUGUUAUUUUAUAUUUGGUAUGCUACAAGAAAAAAUAACACGUGGUAAAUACGGCGACAACGAUAGAUUUACGUGUACAUUAUCUCUAGUCUUAGUGCAAUGUGUUGUUAACUAUAUUUUCGCUCAAAUUCUAAUGCUUUCAUGGCACCAUGAAGUGGAUAACACAAAAAAAAUUUACUAUUUCUCAUCAGCGCUUACAUACCUCUUAGGUAUGGUAACCUCUAAUAUGGCCUUGCAAUGGAUUAAUUACCCUACACAGGUGGUGGGGAAAGCAGCCAAGCCAAUACCUGUCAUGAUAUUGGGUGUAUUAAUCGGAAGAAAAUCCUAUCCAUUGAGAAAGUACUUGUUUGUUUUACUUAUUGUCAUUGGUGUAAUCAUGUUUAUGUAUAAAGACCAAGUUAAGAAGGUAGUCUCUACUGAUGAAACGCAAGGAAUUGGUAUUGGUGAACUGCUUGUUCUUCUUUCUUUGACAAUGGAUGGCCUCACUGGUGCUGUUCAGGAACGCAUCAAAAGUGAAUCAUCACCCACUGCUUAUUCGAUGAUGCUGAAUACCAACUUUUGGUCCAGCAUAAUCAUUUCUGUGGGAGUUGUGUUAACUGGUGAAAUAUUCCGUUUUGUCAGCUUCGUUCAUAUGUACCCUGAGGUAUUAAUAUAUCUCGUGUGUCUCGCAUUAACAGGCGCACUAGGACAAUUGUUUAUCUUCUUCAUGGUAUCCGAGUUCGGUCCGUUGCCGUGCUCUGUUGUAACAACGACCAGGAAAUUCUUCACUGUUCUCGCAUCUGUAGUGUUCUUUGGUAACGUCCUGCUGGGAAGACAGUGGUUGGGAGCUGUCUUAGUAUUUUCUGGUUUGUUCCUGGAUAUAUUUUACAGCAAAGGCAAGCUACAAACAAAGAAGGUUACGGAGAAAUGAUCGAUACAAAUAUCGUGGCUUCAAGUUAUUAGACGAAUUUAAAAUAAAUAGAGAUAAUAAUAUUAUUUUAUUAAGUAGAAGUUAUUUUUGUGACAAGAAUACAUACUAUAUAAUAUUAAUGUGUAAAUAAGAAUUUUGCAGUAAUUGUACAGUCAUUAUUUUCAUAGCAGUUACGAUUGUUCAAAAUGAUUAAGCAUCGGCACAGUUAAGGCCGACAGGGUGAAACUGAACCCUGCUUUGAUUAAGGAAAGCUAUACAAAAGAACUUGUUUUACAUUUGAAUAGAGAUAUUUUCAUUUUUAUAAUCUUGAUAGUUAGCUCUCGUUAAAUAACUAAUACAUUAAAACUAAUAUAUAAUUGUUUAGCAAAGUAGUCAGUCUAAACUAUGGGUCGCGACCCACUGUAGGCCGGCGACGAAC